AACAAUUUUUUAUAUUUUCGGUUUUAGAUACUCGAUUCAAAUAUCAGUGCUAUUAUUUGAACUUGUACUAUUGGAGCAUAAUAGUAUUUAAUGAUUAUGAUAGACCACAAUGAUAGCUGAUACAAAUACAGGCUCAAAGGAUAAUGCAUACGCAUACCGCAGUCUUCUUUUGCCGGUGAGAAGAUUCUUCGUAUUUUGCGCACGCGCAAGAAAUUCACUUCACUCUAGAUGUCGUUACCUUGAUUUUGAUUUAAGGUCUAAUUACCUUCUUACUUGUCAAGGGACUUUACGCCGUCAACUUGUUGACUACUGUACAAUCUAUUGCGUUGAUUAAUUAAUAUUAAAUCAUGCCUCCGACAAACGACGACGAGGACGAUCCUUAUGCACAUGCUGCUAAAGGACCUCUUAAAUUAAAAAACGAUCAGACCGUGAGCAAAAAGAAAAAGAAUAAAGAUAGCAAAAGUAAGAAACUAGUGGAGAUAGCCAAUAAAAUCGAAGAGGAGAUACCAAGGAAUAUUGAAAUAAAGCGUACAAAGGCGGAAAUAGCUUUUCAAAAAAUGCAAGAAAAAAUGCAAAAUGAGAGGAUAAAACAGAAGGCUUCUAUGACACACAAACAACGCGUCGAAGAAUUCAAUAGGCAUUUGGAUAGUUUGACAGAGCACUUUGACAUACCAAAAGUCAGCUGGACCAAAUAAAGGCACUGUUUAUUUUUCGACACAUUUUUAUUUAUUUAGAUUAUAAAUAACAAUCUGUGACAUGGCUUAUAAAUAAAGCUUGUACAAGUUCAUUUUAAUAACUCGUAUGCCGUAUGAAAAAAAAGUAUAGUACUAUAUCUAUAUAAUAUGUUUAUAUUUAUCAAUGCUUUUAGACUAAUCAAAUGUAUAAAAUUUUCAUUCAUUAAAUAAAAUUAUAAAGAAAACUA